GGGGACUAUUAUUUUAGACGCACAAGACAGUUCCUAUGUGUUUGGCAGAGGACCGUCAAAAGUAAAUGAAUAAAGGCUGUCACCUGGGCGUUUCAGGAAGUGGUAUCUUCUCAUUCAGGAACCAUGGAGUUGUUGUGUGCCCGUCUCAUGAGGAACCAACACCAUUGCCUACCUGCCUACCUGUCUAGAAGCUUUCAAACCUCCCAUUGCCGGCAGAGACAAUCAACAACCAGGAGGACAUUACCUUCAACAGAACUCUACUCAACCAACACAUGUCGGAUUCUACGGCAGCCCGAAACCACAGACUCUGUUUGUCAACUUCAAUGGAGGCCAUCUUCAUCUCAGAGAGAACUUUUCUCAUCUGAGAAUGUAAGAACAGUACUUUUCCCAGUGGGGACACCUAGACCUGACCCUGCUGUCCACUGUCUCCCUGCUAUAUGGCUGCCUAAGCAUGGACAGAACUUCUUCCAUACCUCUGCUCCUCACCGCGCCCUGCCUGCGCCUCUCAUAUGGCUGGUACUCAAACCCCUGCAGAAGAUAGUGGCUAUUAUACUGGGCAGGAGUAUCAGGAAGUGGUGGUUGGCGCUCCCGCCCAAUAAGCAGCAGCUCGUGCGUCAGAAGGUCUGGCGUCGCCGUUGGCAGCUGGUGGCCGGGGGUAUGGUUGCUAUGGUGAUCAUGGCAAGUUUCUUCCUGACUCAUCUGGACGAGUCGCCCAUCACGGGACGCACACGCCUCCUAGUGUUCAGUAGAGAGAACUACAUGGAGCUGGCUGCAGUGACAGGAGAUGGGUACAUGGAGGAAUUUGCUGAGUUGAUGGUUUCAGAGAAGGACCCUCGUCACCAGGUGGUGGAGAGAGUGGUGGAGCACCUGGCCCAGAGGAACAAAGACAUCCCAGAGGUCUCCUCUGUUCCAUGGAGAGUCCACUUGGUCGACAGCCCUACCGUCAACGCUUUCGUACUGCCUAAUGGAAAGGUGUUUAUGUUCACUGGGAUGUUGGAGGCCGUUGCAGAUGUUCACCAGCUCACCUUCAUCCUGGGACAUGAGAUGGCCCACGCAGUGAUGGGACACUCUGCAGAGCAGGCCAGUAUGUCUCAUGUGGUAGACUUCCUGUCUCUGAUCCUGCUAACAGCCAUCUGGGCCGUGUGUCCUCGAGACAGCCUGGCUGUACUGGGACAGUGGAUACAGACUAAGCUCAUACAGUUCUUGUUUGAUCGUCCUUAUAGCAGGAAGUUGGAGGCAGAAGCUGAUCAGGUUGGACUCCAGCUGGCUGCCAAGGCAUGUGCUGAUGUACGGGCAGGGCCAGUGUUCUGGCAGCAGAUGGAGAUCAGUGACCAGCUGAGAGGAGAACCUACAGUACCAGAGUGGCUCUCCACACACCCCUCUCACAGGAACAGAGUGGCACAGCUGGACCGGCUGGUCCCACAGUACCUGGAGUUGAGGGAGAGCUGUUCCUGUCCUGCCCUCCCUGCUACAGACCCCAGAGCUGUCUUCGCUCAGAGUGUCAAAGUGCUGCUGGAUGCUACUAGGGACCUGGAGGGAGAGGCGGGGAAGAGACUGAAACCACAAGCUCUGUCGCAGACCCCAAUGUCAGACCACAGAAGGGCUCCACACCCAGGGGGACUGGCUACUGCCCUGCUAGCCUCCUCAGCCACAGGCUCACCUCCAGUCCUGACCCUAGACACUGCUACCCACCUCUAACCCCCGGGCCACUACCCCCCCCCCCUGUCUUCCCAACCCCAGGCCUAGUUCCAGUCAGUGAUUGUAGCUCCUUGAUUGCUAAUUGACUGAUGUUUGUAAGGUCUUGUAAAAUUGCAGUUGUCACCUGCUUCUGUGGAAUUGCUGCAAAAAGGUUUCGGGUAGGGGUUCUGUUUACUGCGUGUAAGAGGGUACAGGGAGAUGCUUUGAGUGUAUAGUGUGAAUACAUAGAGGUAGUAUCCUGUUUUAAUUGGAAGAUUUCAAGUGGGGACAUGCUGCACUCAAUGGCCUAAUGAGCAUAUACAGUGAGGUCCAAAAUGAUUGACUCCCCUGAUAAAGAUGAGCAGUAAUGACUGUAUAAAAUAAAUAAAUAAAAAUUGACAUCCCGGCCCUAAAGAUUGCCACCUCUAAAGUAAAGUAGUCAAAUGUGUGUAUUUUAUCCCAUAUUCCUAUCACGCAAUGACUACAUCAAGCUUGUGACUCUACAAACUUGUUGGAUGCAUUUGCAGUUUGUUUUUGGUUGGGUUUAAGAUGAUUUAGAAUAUAUUUCUCGACACUUCUACAUUGAUGUACAUUCUACCAUUAUUACGGAUAAUCCUGAAUGAAGUGUGAAUAAUGAUGAGUGAGAAAGUUAGAGGCUCAAAGAUCAUACCCCCCAACACAUGCUAACCUCUCACCAUCACCAAUAACAGAAGAGAUUCAACAAAUGAUUGUUCAAACUAUGGCUACAUGUCAACCAAUCAUUUAACAGGAUUUCCGAAAUCACGUUUCUAGGGAAUAUAAAAGUCUCAACAUCUCAACUUUUCCAGUAUAUAAAAGAGUAAAAGACUAGAUUGAGUUAUCCUCUCUUUCCAAAGACCACAACCUGGAAGUCAGUGAUAAGUUGUUUGUCCCAUCUCAGUGGUCUAAUACAUGCUCAUGUGAUGUGUUUCUACAUGGAUUGUUGUACAGCCAAAUUCCUCAACAGUAAGAUAACACUUAACGUGUGAAAUUAACCUCUUUGACCAAAACUGGGAACAUAUAAAUAACAUUCUAACAACAUUGAGGAAAUGUCUUGGUCACCCAGAUACAAACCAUGUAAGAAUGUCCUUCAGAAAGUACUCGUACCUCUUGACUUAUUCACAUUUUGGUUCUCUGGGUAGACAGUGUGUAGGCACUGUGUCCUGUAUGUCACCUACUUUAUUUACCCUGUCUUGUCCAUCCAUCACCACCUGUUGCAAUGUGUUUUUGUGGUAAUGUGGCCAUCAAGUUAAUUUAAAUGAGUUUUAUGUCUCGCCCUGAAGGAAUGGUAUUGUUGUAUUUUAGUGUCAAAGAUCUUUGUGAAAUCAUAGAAAUGUGUAGUUUUGUACAAAUCAUGUAUUGAACUAGCCAAAGAACAUAUUUUAUAUACUAGAAUGUACAUCUUAGAACCUGACAACCUAAAAAUGAAUGGGUUUUGAGGUAAAA